GUCGCAGCAACUGCGGAAGGAGAAAGCGCCCACCUAAGCACGAGAUCAUGCUCUUGGCGGACCUCCGCCAAAUUCUUCUCCUUCUCUUGCUGCUGCUGUGCCCUCGACGAGGAUGUCCGUUGCAGAACGGCCACCUUCCUUUCUCGACACCCAUGAAGGUGGGAGUGAUCCUCGACUUGGGUACGCUGGAAGGGAAGGUGGUCGACUCCUGUAUACGCAUGGCCGUGGAGGAUUUCUCUUCCAAUCGUAGCCGCAGUCACUCGAAUCAGUUGGUGCUUCACGUGCGCGACUACCAGAGAGGCGAUAUUGUUGAAGCUGCAUCUGCCGCCAUCGACCUUUUGGAGAACAUCGGCGUGCAGGCGAUAAUUGGGCCAGUGUCACCUUCUGAGGUGGAACUCGUGGCAGCUUUGGGAGGCAAAGCCCAUAUCCCCAUUAUUUCCUUCACUGAAAUAAGCCCUUCACCGUCCAUGGCAGAUGCUCCCUACUUCGUUCGAACAGUACAGAGCGAUUUGUACCAAGUUAAGGCCAUUUCAGACAUUGUUAAAGCUUACAACUGGAGGGAGGCCGCGCUCAUCUACGAAGACAGCGAGUUCGGCAACGGAAUGAUACCCUCUUUGACGGAGGCUUUUCUAGAAGCAGACGUCAAGGUGGCCUCUAGAUCUCUUUUUCCUACUGACUGCAAGGACGUGUCCAUAAGGGAAGAGCUCUACAGGCUCAUGACGAUGCAGACUCGGGUUUUCGUUGUGCACAUGGCGCCGCCCCUCGGCACCCGUCUGUUCUCUUCCGCGCUCGAGCUGGGGAUGAUGAGUAAAGGGUAUGCUUGGAUCGUGACAACGGGGAUGGGAAACCUCCUGGAUAUCUUGCAUCCCUCGGAGUUUGAUUCCUUGCAAGGCGUAUUGGGGGUGAAGACUUACAUACCCGAAACGAAGGAGUUGGAAAAUUUCACAGUGAGAUGGAAGAGGAGGUUCCGUGUAGAGUACACCGAGAUUGACAUUCCAAGGGAAAUAAGCGUCUCUGGACUGUGGGCAUACGACACCAUGUGGGCAUUAGCUUCCGCACUAGAGAAAACAGAAAUACCACGGAAUCUCGACUUUCAUCGUUUGGGAAGAUCUUCAAAUGAUUCCACUAAUAUCAUGGAAUUAACAUUGUCACCGACUGGUCCCGAGCUGCUGGAAGAAAUUCUGAAAACCAAAUUCAGGGGUUUGAGUGGUCAGUUUGAGCUCAACGGUGGACAGCGGACGUCUAAUCCAUUCCAGAUAGUGAAUGUGAUUGGUAGAGGGGCAAGAGUGGUGGGAUUUUGGAGCCCAACGAUGAGGAGACUCACACCCAACAAACAGGUUUUGGGUGGGAAUGAUGGAAACUAUUCUAGCCUGUCCAAGAAUCUGAAGAUGGUGGUAUGGCCUGGCGAGACGGCAGAGGUACCAAGAGGUUGGGUUUUGCCCACCAACGGGAAGAAACUGAAGGUUGGUGUUCCAGUAAAGAAACGGUUCAGGGAGUACGUGGAUGUGGAGUCCAAUCUGGAAGACGGCGAGAAGACGGUGAGAGGCUACUGCAUAGACAUAUUCGAAGCAGCUUUGGAGCUCCUACCUUAUGCCUUGCCUUUCGAGUACGUCCCUUUCAAGUCUGCUAAAGCACACGGGGAAAGUUCAGGCAGCUAUAAUGAAUUUCUCCAUUACAUGUCUCUUGGGGAAUUUGACAUAGCUGUGGCGGAUGUAACGAUUCUAGCGGACAGAUCGCAGUACGUGGAUUUCACGUUCCCCUACACGGAGAGUGGGCUGUCUUUGCUUGUGGCUGUGAAGGAUGAGGACAAAUACAGCGCUUUCGUCUUCCUGAAGCCCUUCACCACAGGUCUUUGGCUGACGACUGCAUCUUUCUUUCUGUUGAUUGCAGUGGUGGUCUGGUUGUUGGAGCACAGAAGAAACCCCGAAUUCCGGGGUCAGCCCUCUCAACAUAUUGGCUUGGCCUUUUACUUUGCCUUCUCCACGUUAGUCUUCGCUCAUAGGGAAAGACUGACAAGCAAUCCAGCACGGUUUGUGGUCAUUGUUUGGUCGUUCGUGGUUUUGAUCCUGACUUCGAGUUAUACAGCCAGUUUGUCUUCAAUACUCACGGUUCAGAAGCUUCAACCUACAGUCGGGGACAUCCAAACACUCAUCAGAAAUGGAGAAUACGUCGGCUAUCAGAAGGGAUCCUUUGUGCUGGGCAUAUUGAAGCGACUAAAUUUCGAUGAAUCCAAGCUCAGGCCAUACACCACAGUCGAGGACUAUGUGCCUGCCCUUGCUAAAGGCAGCAAAAAUGGCGGAGUUGCUGCUGUCGUCGACGAGACUCCUUAUCUGAAGCUGUUCCUUGCCAAGUAUUGCCAAGGAUUCGCCAUGAUUGGUCCUAUCUACAAAACUGGAGGUUUUGGCUUUGCUUUUCCUAAGGGGUCCCCCUUUCUUGCCGAUCUUUCGCUGGCAGUGCUUAAUGUUACAGAGGGAGACAGAAUGACUGAAUUCGAGAACGCAUGGUUCGGAAACCAGACUUGUCUGGAAAACGAUGCAAAGGUUGCCAGCAAGGUCUUAACCCUCUCUAGCUUUUGGGGACUAUUCGUCGUAACGGGAACAGUUUCAUUUGGUGCAUUCUCUGCCUUCCUCUUGUCCAUCAUCAUUGAUUCCAGAAGACGAAUUCGUAGAGCUGAUGUAACCUGGGAGGCAGAAAUCCGGAAAGGAACAAUGAAUGUCGAAGAAAAUAGCGUAGAUGCCACUAUUUCAUCCGUGAACAUGAAAGGCCAUAGAAUCGAUGAUACAGAAACAAAGAUCAUUAUUCUUGCUGAGACACCACGCAGUAUUGCAACAUACAUUGAAGAAGUUCGGGGUGAAGAUAAGACGUCGGGAAACAAACAGGCCUCUGCGUGCAACUAAAGUUCUUAUCUGAAGUCUGAACCAGCCAGUAGAUUGCGAAGCUUGAUCACUAAGCCAAAUCAAAUCCCUGCUAGUUCGGUCCUGCGCAGGUGGAGGUGCGGCUGCGAGAAGCUAGAUCUAAGUUCGCUUUUUUACUUCGGGUUGCACAUUCUGUUCAUAAAUAGUCAGGUGCAUGUACCAGGUUCGUGUUAGUGCCUACUUUGUAUAAAAUCUGGAUCUAGAUAAGUUCUGAGAAUAACUCUAAAAAUAACCAGUUUAGAUAGCGAUGCUUUGGUAAUACA